AAUAUAAACAUGGCGAUUGUCACAAGUUGGUGCUUCGAUAUUUUCUGUUUUUAAAUUAAAAAAGAAGUUUAACACAACAUACAAUAAUUUAAAAUAAAAUAGCUGUAAUAAAUUGAAACAUGGAAGAUUCAGGAUUUGAUAGUGGAGAUCGUGUGGCCAAUUUCAUGCAAAAUUACAACAGCAACAACGUCGAGAGUGAAAAUUCAUCAAGUGAAGACAUUGUGAACGUAAGCAAUAGAAUUAUAAACGUCAAGACGUCAAAUCGUGACAGUAUUGAUGAUAUAGUGUUUAAAAGUUCAGCAUUACCUAAUCUUGUUCCAAAGUUUAACGUUGAUAACACUACGACAGGAUCUCAUGUGUCAACUGAACAACAGAGGAAAUCACAUCACCUAAAUGAACAUAAUAAAAAGCUUUCAAACAUAAAUACUUGUAAAGGUCUUCAAAGAAAGCUCGAACAAAAAGUUGAAAAGGCAAAGAAAAAUUUCCUUCAAAAUGAAAAAAUAAAUCAGAUGGAAAAUGAUUUUGAAACGAGGAAAUCAUCUUCAACAAAUCUCAUUCCUAUCAGUAGACUUCCAUUUCCGCGUAACAUUGAAAGUCAACGCUUAGUCGAGUAUAAGAGCGAUAACAGACAAAAUUGUUAUUCUGAAUUAUUUAGCGUCAAUAAAUGA